AUUCUGGAUCAGUUUCUUAAUUUGGCCACAAUGGGUAAAGAUAAUGUUUUGUGCGCAUAAACUGACCCUAAAGCAAUGUUUCAAACAAGACAAACAGGCGUACUGAAAUAGUGAAGUAUAAAUGGUUGUUGUCUUUUAGUAAGCGGAACCUGUUUGGAAAAAAUGAGUAAAGAUUUACAAAUGAGAGCCGCGAUUAACCAAAAGUUGAUAGAGAUGGGUGAACGGGAGCGUCUGAAGGAGUUGCUAAGGGCAAAACUCACUGAAUGUGGGUGGAAGGAUGAGUUAAAGGCACACUGCAAAGAUGUGAUCAGAGAGAAGGGCUUGGAGCACGUGACAGUGGAGGACCUGGUUGCUGAAAUCACACCAAAAGGAAGAGCUCUUGUACCAGACAGUGUGAAAAAGGAACUGCUGCAGAGAAUAAGGGCUUUCCUGGCUCAGCAUUCAACCUUGUGAAUCUCACUACGGAGCUAUUCAUCUCUUACUUUCUAAACGUAUCACAAUUCAUGUAUGUAUUUCUUUUGCAGCUAUUUUUCCCUGGCAGUUUUUUUAAAUGUUUUGCAUAACUUUUUUUUUUUUAAACCAUUUGCUGGUUGGGAAUAAAACACAUUAAAAGAGAGAGAUUUUAUAUUGUCAUUUUCCUAUAUACUUUGGCUAUAUGAAUCCGACUAGGCAGGUGUCUGUAAGCAUGCCCCACUCUUCAACAUUAACGUUUUCUCCUGUAUGAGGAAGUACCACUUUAUAACAUUUGGUAAGCUUAUUAAUUGGGACUAAUUCAUAAAUAAGACCACCAUAAAUUUUUUUUCAUUUGAAAUCCCGUGAGCUGUCUGGUUGCUAUUUUCUCAAUCUUAGGCCAUUAUAACACAAGUACUUCAUGGUCUUUAAGAUAUAUUUGUCUUAAAUACUGAUUGGGGGAUACAGUUGUAAACUCAGCAGACCAAGCCUCUUUGUCAGUGAUCCGAUGUUCGCUGGUUUGAGCCCAACCUCGGCAAAAUAGUCACAUAUUUGUGGGCCCUUGAGCAACUUCAUGGCUGGUGCUGCAGGUGGCUGCCCUUCACUGUCAAGCUUGCUCUCAUCAACAUAUGUGACUGUGUGUCAUGGAGGGAAAGAUGUAGUAGGCAGAAAGAGAAUUUCCCACAGGGAUCAAUAAAGUGUCAUUAUUA